UCUCGGAGCAAUCGAACUGUCUCCGGUACUUUUCUGAACGCUCAUACACCUUCAGUCUAAGGGCUGGGGAUAAGGGAGAGAGGAGCAAGAGGCCCAGUUUGGCUCUAAAGAAGAAACGAGUUCUGUUUUUCACUUAUGGCUUUGUUGUAGUAACAACAAUUACCAACAACACACCGUUAUUUUUGGGGGGGUGAUAUCUGGAAGGAAAAGAACCCACGUUUUGUUCUGAAAGGCGCCCGGUUUUUUUUUCCUCCAGAAGCUUUGUGGCGCUGAGUGAGAGACCAUGGAGAUGCAAAUAUGGUCCACAAGGUGGAAAACCAAAAGGUGGCUUUUGAAUCCCACUCUAACCACCAUCGUCACUCUCACUGUCCUUCUGCAAGCCGUCAAUGUCCAAUCAGCUGCCCCAGUGGAUGUACUCAAGGCUCUGGACUUCCACAGCUCCCCGGAUGGCGUCCGUAAAGCUGCGGGAUUCUGCGCUCACCGGAGAGGAUCUAAACCGGACGUAGCCUUCCGUGUGGGGAAGCAGGCCCAGAUCAGCGCUCCCAGCAAGCAACUCUUCCCAGGAGGAGUGUUCCCAGAGGACUUCUCAGUGAUGUUCACCAUCAAGCCCAAGGCAGGCAGCCAGUCCUUCCUGCUGUCUGUGUAUAAUGAGCAGGGGGUCCAGCAGCUGGGUGUGGAGGUGGGACGCUCUCCUGUCUUCCUGUACGAAGACCAACAUGGGAAACCUGCCCCAGAGGAUUACCCAUUGUUCAGAUCCAUCAACCUCGCUGACGGCAAAUGGCAUCGCGUGGCCAUCAGUGUGGAGAAGAAGAGUGUGACCAUCAUUGUGGAUUGUAAGAAGAAGCUGAGCAGGCCACUGAAGAGGAGCGACGGGGCGGCCAUCAACACUGACGGCAUCGUUGUCUUUGGAACCAGGAUUCUGGAUGAAGAAGUUUUUGAGUACAAUUCGUACGACCUAGAGUACAGUGAGGUCUAUGACUACAGUGAAGGAGAAGUGGCCACUGAAACUGCCCCAACCGAAGGAGCCAAACCUGCACCUGAGGCUGUGGACGGAGCUCAACCCGAUGAGAACCCUACAGACUCAACCGUUUCAAUCCUGAACUACGACGAGGACAUAGUCGACGAUUACGUCACCGGCGUGGAGCAGGUGGACGCCGACCCUACGGCUGCCGCAGAAAUCGGCUCUGAUACCAAAGGUCCCGACCCCGGCGCAGAAUCGUACAAUUUUAAGGAGUACGAUCUGAAGGAAUACGGUGAUAUAAUCGAUACGAAACAGACGUACGAGUACGGUGACUACGGCGACUACGGCACCGGCGAGGCCAAACCUACCUCCUUCCCGGCCCACGAGGAUGAGUUUGGGCCGGGCGUACCUGCUGAGACCGACACAGAUAGUAGUAUGGGAGGAGGCAGAUAUGGUGGAGAGAAAGGAGAGAAGGGAGAACCCGCCAUCAUUGAACCAGGGAUGCUGAUUGAAGGACCCCAAGGAGGCCCCGGCCAAGCUGGCCUGCCCGGCGCCCCAGGCUCCCAGGGUGCCCCUGGCCCACAUGGAGACCACGGUGACAGGGGUCCUCCAGGGCGUGCUGGUCUUCCUGGUUCAGACGGAGUUCCUGGUCCUCCAGGUACCCUUCUAAUGAUGCCGUUCCGUGCUGGUGGAGAUGCACAGAAAGGACCAGUAGUCUCAGCUCAGGAGGCACAAGCUCAGGCGAUCCUGUCCCAAGCCAGGCUCACCAUGAGGGGUACCCCUGGGCCAAUGGGAAUGUCAGGAAGAUCUGGGCCUGCGGGUGGACCAGGAGCUAACGGACUGAAGGGAGACGGAGGAGACAACGGACCUCAGGGUCCCAGAGGUCUUCAGGGUCCAGCUGGCUCACCUGGAAAAGCAGGAAAGAGGGGUCGUAAUGGAGCUGAUGGUUCCAGGGGUAUGCCAGGAGAGUCGGGGGGCAAGGGGGACCGAGGUUUCGACGGGCUCCCAGGUCUCCCGGGAGAGAAGGGACACAGGGGUGAGCUUGGUUCCACCGGCUCGCCAGGUGCUCCAGGAGACGAUGGCCAGAGAGGCGAGGACGGUGAGAUCGGACAGAGGGGUCUGGCUGGAGAGAGUGGUCCUAGAGGCCUGCUUGGUCCUAGAGGAUCCCCUGGGACUGGUGGACAGCGUGGUCUUGCUGGGCUGGACGGCCAAGCUGGUCCCAAAGGAAACCAGGGCACACAAGGAGAGUCAGGACCCGCCGGUCAGCAGGGCAUCCCUGGACCACAAGGUCUUGUCGGUCCUCAAGGCCCAAUCGGACCGCCUGGUGAAAAAGGACCGUCAGGUCGUCAGGGAUUGGCUGGUCUGGGUGGUGCCGAUGGUCCUCCCGGUCACCCAGGGAAGGAGGGUCCUCCAGGAAUGAAAGGAGGCGUCGGUCAUCCUGGUCCUCAGGGUUCUAUUGGCUACCCUGGCUCACGAGGUGUCAAGGGUGCCGAGGGUGUCAGAGGUCUGAAAGGCGGCGGCGGAGAAAAGGGAGAGGACGGUUUUCCAGGUUUCAAAGGAGACAUGGGCAUCAAAGGAGACAAGGGAGAGCUCGGUGUCCUAGGAGCCAGAGGUGAAGACGGACCUGAGGGCCCCAAAGGUCGAUCAGGCCCCAACGGAGAGGCCGGCCCCAUCGGGUCUGCUGGAGAGAAGGGUAAACUUGGUGUCCCCGGAUUACCCGGCUACCCAGGAAGACAAGGACCUAAGGGCUCUAAUGGCUUCCCUGGAUUCCCCGGCUCCAACGGAGAAAAAGGAGGAAGGGGUAUCGCUGGGAAAUCCGGACCCAGGGGACAACGUGGCCCAACGGGUCCCCGUGGUGGAAGAGGUGCCAGGGGACCAACUGGAAAGCCAGGUGCUAAGGGAACAUCAGGUAAUGACGGGCCUCCAGGUGGACCAGGAGAGAGAGGACCUCAAGGACCCCAGGGGCCAGCCGGCUUCCCAGGACCUAAGGGCCCUAAUGGCCCCCCGGGUAAAGACGGACUGCCUGGUCACCCUGGGCAGAGAGGAGAGACAGGUUUCCAGGGAAAGACUGGCCCACCUGGGCCUGGAGGUGUUGUUGGACCCCAGGGACCAACGGGAGAGACCGGCGGCAUCGGAGAGAGAGGACACCCUGGUUCCCCUGGACCCCCCGGAGAGCAAGGUUUACCUGGAUCUGCUGGGAAAGAAGGAGGAAAGGGUGACCCGGGUCCUAUGGGUACAUCUGGAAAGGUUGGCCCAGCCGGACUCAGGGGCUUCCCAGGGCAGAGAGGUCUUCCUGGGGCUAACGGUCCAGCUGGUUUGAAGGGAGGCGAAGGACCACAGGGUGCCCAAGGUCCCAUCGGUUCUCCAGGAGAGAGAGGUGCUAGCGGUCCCGGAGGUGCCAUCGGUCUUUCAGGACGCACCGGACCUCAAGGAGGUCCUGGACCAGCCGGAGAGAAGGGAGGCCCGGGAGAGAAAGGCCCCGUGGGACCAGCUGGUCGUGACGGUAUCCAAGGUCCUGUUGGUCUUCCUGGCCCUGCAGGCCCCCAAGGCCCCCCUGGAGAGGACGGAGACAAGGGAGAGGUUGGUGAGCCUGGCCAGAAGGGAAGCAAAGCAGACAAGGGUGAACAGGGUCCUCCUGGUCCAUCUGGUCUUCAAGGUGUCAUCGGAGCUCCUGGUCCCGCCGGUAGUGAUGGUGAGUCGGGACCCAGAGGUCAGCAGGGUAUGUUUGGCCAGAAGGGAGACGAAGGAUCCAGAGGAUUCCCUGGGCUACCUGGACCCAUCGGACUGCAGGGUCUGCCUGGUACAUCAGGAGAGAAGGGAGAGAACGGGGACGUCGGCCCAAUGGGUCCACCUGGUCCUCCAGGUCCCAGAGGUCCCCAGGGUUCUAGUGGAUCUGACGGUGCCCAAGGCCCUCCUGGUGGAGUGGGUUCAAUGGGAGGUAAUGGAGAAAAAGGAGAGAGCGGUGAAGCCGGCAACCCGGGACCAUCCGGAGAGCCUGGUGGUGGAGGACCCGUUGGCUUCCCUGGAGACCCAGGUCCCCCUGGAGAGCCUGGAGUUGGUGGAUUGGAUGGCUUGGCCGGAGACAAGGGAGAUGACGGAGACGCUGGUCAGCCAGGUCCAUCUGGUCCUUCUGGAGAAGCUGGACCUCCAGGACCACCCGGCAAGAGGGGACCCAUUGGACCAGCCGGUUCUGAGGGAAGACAAGGAGAGAAGGGUUCUAAGGGUGAGGCUGGAGCCGAUGGGCCUGAUGGUAAAACUGGACCUGUCGGACCCCAGGGGCCCCCUGGGAAGCCUGGACCCGACGGCCUGCGUGGAAUCCCCGGCCCUGUCGGUGAACAAGGACUUCCUGGUGCUUCUGGAAUGGACGGACCUCCUGGACCAAUGGGUCCUCCUGGUCUCGCUGGCUUGAAAGGAACUCCUGGCGGUAAGGGAGAAAAGGGUCACCCCGGUCUGAUUGGUCUGAUUGGACCACCUGGUGAGUUUGGAGAGAAGGGAGACAGAGGCCUGCCUGGACCCCAGGGAACUGGUGGAGGCAAGGGAGACACUGGUGUUGGAGGUUCCGCUGGUCCUCUUGGUCCUCCUGGUCCUCCUGGAAUUCCUGGACAUGUAGGCUCUAAGGGGUCCAAGGGAUCAUCAGGUGGAGCUGGCCAGAAAGGAGACACUGGUAUGAUUGGACCACCCGGAGCUCCUGGUCCUCCUGGCGACAUCAUCCAGCCGCUGCCCAUGCAGCAGGCAAGCAGGAAGAACAGACGCCAGGCGGAGGACGACGGCGUGCAGGGCGACGAGGCGGGAGGCAUGGCGGACUACGACAUGGAGGCCACAGCGGACAUGGAGGACGUGUUCGGGUCCCUGAAUAACUUGAAGCAGGACAUCGAGAGGAUGAAGUUCCCCAUGGGAACACAGGACAACCCUGCCAGGACCUGCAACGACCUGCACCUCAGCCAGCCGGACUUCCCCGACGGUGAAUACUGGAUCGAUCCUAACCAGGGCUGUACUGGAGACUCCUUCAAGGUCUACUGUAACUUCACCGCUGGAGGAGAGACCUGUAUUUACCCCGACAAGAAGUCCGCUGGUGUCAGAAUCUCUAACUGGCCCAAGGAGGCUCCAGGAUCAUGGUUCAGCGAAUUCAAACGAGGAAAAAUAUUGAACUAUGUGGACAUGGAGGAGAACACCAUCCAGACGGUCCAGAUGACCUUCCUGAAGCUGCUCAGCUCAACAGCCCGUCAGAAUUUCACCUACAUCUGCCACCAGUCGGUAGCCUGGUACGAUGCCAAGGCAGACGGCUACGACAAGGCUCUACGCUUCCUGGGUUACAACGACGAGGAGAUGUCCUAUGAUAAUAACCCCUUCAUCAAGGCCCUGUCGGACGGAUGCUCGCUGAAGUCGGGCUACUCCAAGACGGUGAUGGAGAUCAACACUCCUCGCAUCGACCAGGUGCCCGUCAUCGACGUCAUGUUCAAUGACUUUGGUGAACCCAGCCAGCGGUUCGGUUUCGAGGUGGGCCCCGUCUGCUUCAUGGGCUAGGACCUGACCACCACCCCCCGACCAGCUGAAGGACAGGGUUAGAGGGCGUUCUGUUCCAUGCAUGCCCUGUACUGCCGACUGAAUACCUGACAUCAAUCACUCACCCUCCCUAUACUCCACUCGACCUGGCCUCCGGCUCUAAACCAAACCUGUGUUUUAUAUCCUUGAUAAGAUGAUCAGACCCCCAGUAUCAGACCAGCAGCACGCUGCC